CGAAUAUUCGAAGAAGAUCAUUGAAAAUUUCUUGUUCGUACCAGUUCGAACAUGGCAGACUGCCAUUGGCAGAAAGCAAUUUUGAAGCUUAGUAUUUAUCGUGAAUUUAGAAGUUUUAAUAUCGGUGAAUAAACAAUAUGAAUCGCAACGAGUUUUAUUCAAAGAAUAUAUAUAUGGUACAAAUAAGAAAAUCGAAACGACCGAAAUUUCAUCAAAUUGAUCUUUCAUACGGAUUUAAUUUGAGCAAAUAAAAAUAAACAAGAUGGAUGGAACAAGAGCUGCAGAGGUUUUACCUUUGCUUCAAGAACGUUUGGCCAUUCUGCCAGGUAGCAGAGAUCGCAGAGGUGGACCAGUACUUUUAUUUCCUACUACACCAAGACGUGAAAGAGCCAAACCUGAAGAUUAUCGUCGUCUUUUACAAUAUUUAUUGACUGUACCCAGUGAUGAAGCUAGAGGUUUACGCUUCACUGUGAUUGUGGAUAUGCGUGGUGCUACUUGGGAUUCUGUCAAACCAAUUCUAAAGGUAUUACAUGAACACUUUCAUCGAUCAAUACAUGUUGCUUUUAUUAUCAAACCUGAAAAUUUCUGGCAAAAACAACGGACAUCAUUAGCCAAGCAAAAGAAAUAUAAUUUUGAAAUAAAUACUAUAAGUUUAGAAGCUUUGACAAAAGUAAUUGAUCCAUCACAAUUGACAGCAGAUUUAGAUGGGUCAUUACAAUAUGAUCAUGCUCAAUGGAUUGAUACAAGAUUAGCUGUAGAAGACUUUACAUGGCAAGCAAGUGAUCUUCUCGAUAGAUUAGACGAUUUACAAGAGGAUUUAAGUCGAAAUGAUUUUGCGGACGAUGUAGCUGGAGCAAAACACGGAAUUGAUUUGCAUAAUGAAAUGAAGAAAAAAAUUAUGAAAGUUCCGGUAGAAGAAAUUGAAGUUAUCGGUCAGCGAUUGUUACAACGCUUCGAUAAUAGUAUAGCAGCGAGUAGUGGCGAAGGCGGUAGUAUAGAAAGUGGAGCAACCGGUGGCACCGAUCCUGAUGGACGAGCAUUAGCCGCGUUAGUGAUUCAACACUUAGAUUCUGUACAUGCUGCACAACAGCAUCUUCUACAAUUGUGGCAUAUUAAGAAGAUGAAAUUAGAUCAGUGCUUUCAACUAAGACUUUUCGAACAAGAUUGUGAAAAAAUGUUCGAUUGGAUUUGUCACAAUAGAGAAGGAUUUUUAGCGAAUUACGUUGAAAUUGGACGUUCUUAUCAACUCGCUAAAAAUUUGCAGGAAGAGCACAAACAUUUCACUAUAAGUUCUAUGAACGUUUAUGUGAAUAUAAAUAAAAUUUUAACGAUGGCCAGUCGUUUGCUUGAAACUCAACAUUAUGCUGCCGGACACGUAAGAGCAGUAGCUGGCCGAUUAGAUCGAGCUUGGAAAGAAUUCGCAGCAGGGCUUGAUGAGCGUACUGCGGUUCUUAGUUUAAGCGUUGUAUUUCAUCAUAAGGCAGAGCAAUAUGUUGAUAGCGUUGCAGGAUGGAGUCAAGCUUGUGAUGCUGGCAAUUUACCUAACGAAAUACCGAUUUUGGAAUCUCACAUACGGCAACAUCAAACUCUUUACGAAGCAAUGUGUCAAGCUUACACAGAGGUGCAUAGUACCAGUAAGAAGCUUCUUUAUCAACUGGAUCAUCUCGUGCAAGUCUGUAAUCAGCCGCAAGGGAUAGACCAUACAGCCAGAAAACAUAGUCAAGAUGGACAUGGCAUUGAUGGGCAUUCUGGUAUGAGUGGGAAUCCUGCUGCGGAUUAUAGCGAAGGUGCGUCUCAUGUAUUGGCAGUGAUCCAUCAAAUUUUGGGUCAUCAUAGGGCGUUGGAAGCUCGUUGGCAUGCUCGAAAAGUCAAACUGCAUCAGCGACUCGCGUUAAGAUUGUUUCAAGAAGAUGUGAAACAAGUUUUAGAUUGGUUAACUAAUCACGGUGAAGUUUUUAUUAGAAAGAAUACAGGCGUUGGUCGUAAUCUUCAAAAAGCAAGAGUAUAUCAGAAAAGUCACGAACAUUUUGAAAAUGUCGCACAGAAUACAUAUACGAAUGCUACCAAACUACUUACUGCUGCACAAGAAUUGGCUCACACUGGUGAAUGUGCUGCUGAUGAAAUAUAUGCUGUAGCGCAAGAAUUAGAGGCUCACGUCAGUAGCUUUGCGGCAAGAGUCGAACAACGUCGUCGAAGAUUAGAUUUAGCAGUUGUAUUUUAUACACAUGAAAAAGAGUUAAGUGGUUGGGUUGAUGAAUUACGACAAGAAUUACAACAAGACGAAGUGGCGGAGAAUUUAGAAACAGCAGAAAGAUUGUUGGAACAAUGUGCACAACAUCGAGCUUCUUGCAUGGAAGCAUGUGCAUCGACUAUUGUUCAGGGAGAAGCAUUACUUCGAGAAUUGCGAGAAUCUACUGAUGCUCCUGAUACUACUGGCUCUAUAUCUGCGGUAGAAGCUGCAUUAGAUAGAUUAGCGAACUUAAGACAGGAAUUAGAAGAUUUAUGGGCUACUAGAAAAUUGAGGCUAGAAUUAUGUUUACGAUUACGUGUAUUUGAAAGAGAUGCUUUAGAAGCGAGUGGUCAAUUAGAGAUGUGGGCACAAGAAUUGCAAGGCCCAUCUCGAGAAGGUUCUCCUGAACAAUUAUUGCGUGCACAUAAUGAUGGUGUUGCUCAUAUGCAGAAUACUGCAUUUCAAGUUCUACAACAAGGUCAAGAACUUGCUCAGGUGUUGGAACAAGCAGGAGUUUGUAUAAUGGCAGAUGGACAACAUAGUGCUGCAACUAGAGUACAAGUGCUUCUUGAAUUUUUAAAUGAAAGAGAAAUGGAUGCGGAAGAUUUAGCAGAAAUGAGAAGAGUUCGUUUAGAACAAGCUUCUCAAUUGGUUCAAUUACAAACCGACGCUACACAUGUUGCCAAUUGGAUUCGUAAUGGAGAAGCUAUGUUAUUAGCUUCUUUAAGAGUUCCUGAAAAUCUUCAGGAUGCAGAACAGCUUCGUUUAGAACACGAACAAUUUCAAGUCGCUAUAGAAAAAACGCAUACUUCAGCUGUUCAGGUAAAACAUAGAGCAGAUGCGUUAGUGAGCGCUAAUCAUUAUGAUCCAAAGAGUAUAAGAGAAGUAGCUGAGGAUGUAACUAAGAGAUGGCAACAACUUGUGACAUGUGCAGAGGAAAGACAUAAAUUAGUAACAGCUAGUAUUAAUUUUUACAAGACGGCAGAACAAGUUCGUUCUGUAUUAGAUAGUCUUGAACGUGAAUAUAAAAGAGACGAAGAUUGGUGUGCUUCUGGUGAAAAAGCAACACAAGUUCCAACACUUGUUGGCAAACAUCAAGAACAAAAAGAAGCAUUUUUAAAAGCAUGCACAUUAGUACGGCGAACUGCGGAAACAUUUCUUAAAUAUACGAACCGUAGUCUUCAAUUUUAUAGUUAUCAGGCAAAUAGUGCUGGCUCUGAGAAUAAAGUUAAAAAUAUUUUGGAGGAGUUACUUAGUAAAGAGAAUCGCGUACUCGAAUACUGGACGCAACGUAAGAAACGAUUGGAUCACUGUCAUCAGUAUGUUCUGUUUGAGCGUAGUGCUAAACAGGCUUUAGAAUGGAUUAGAGAAACGGGUGAAUUGUAUCUAGCAACACAUACCAAUGUUGGUAAAAAUCGUAUCGAAAACGAACAAUUAUUACGCGAGCACAAUGAAUUUAAAGGUGCUGCAAAGGAAACACGAGAAAGAGUAAAACUGUUGAUUCAACUUGCUGAUAAUUUAGUCGAGAAAGGACAUGCUCAUGCAGUCGCAAUUAAGCAAUCUGUUGCUGAAGUGGAUCAACGAUAUAAGGAUUUUAGUACGCGUAUGGAUUGUUAUAAAACACAAAUUGAAGAAGAUCUUGGAAUUCAAUCCGACGAUGGUCAAAAGGAUCUUUCUAUUGAUCGCAAUUCCGAUCCUUUACUUGAAGAAAAGAUCAAAGGAAAAGAUUUAAAAGAAUUAAACGAAGAAAAAAGAAGAUCAGCACGACGAAAAGAAUUUAUAAUGGCUGAAUUGCUACAAACAGAACGAACUUAUGUGAAAGAUUUAGAAACUUGUAUUCGAUGUUUCUUGGAAGAAACACGUUGUGGAAAAGGAAAUGUUCCAUCUGGAUUACAAGGACGAGAAUCUAUAAUUUUUAGUAAUAUGGAAGAGAUUCAUCAAUUUCAUAGUAACAUAUUUCUUCGUGAACUUGAAAAAUACGAGACCAUGCCCGAAGAUGUUGGACAUUGUUUUGUGACAUGGGCACCUAAGUUUGAUAUGUAUGUGACAUAUUGCAAGAAUAAACCAGAAAGUAAUCAAUUGUUAGUUACUCAUGGUGGGACAUGGUUUGAAGAAUUACAAAGAAAACAUCGAGUUGAACAUCCGAUUGCUGCAUAUUUAAUUAAACCCGUACAAAGAAUAACAAAAUAUCAAUUAUUAUUAAAAGAUCUUCAGGCUUGUUGCCAAGAAGGACAGGGCGAAAUAAAGGACGGCCUUGAAGUAAUGUUAAAUGUGCCUAAAAAAGCAAAUGAUGCCUUACAUUUAAGUAUGCUGGAAGGUUGCGAUGUAAGAAUAGAUACAUUAGGUGAUGUAGUAUUACAGGAUUCUUUUACGGUAUGGGAUCCUAAACAAUUGAUUAGAAAAGGCAGGGAUCGGCACAUAUUUCUAUUUGAAUUGUAUCUGCUCUUUAGCAAAGAAGUGAAAGAUUCGGCUGGAAAGGUGAAAUACAUUUACAAAAGUCGUUUAAUGACCUCUGAGUUGGGUGUAACUGAACAUAUUGAGGGUGACGAAUGCAAAUUUGCAGUAUGGACAGGUCGUGCACCGACUAGCGAUACACGCGUUGUUCUUCGAGCCAAUUCAAUGGAUGCUAAGCAAUUAUGGGUGAAAAGAUUACGCGAAGUUAUUCAGGAAACAUAUUUCAGUUUAAGUAUGCCCAAGAGUCCUGCGAAAAAGAGUUCAAGUCAACGAUCUAGUAGAGAUCUUGAAGAGUGUACUUCUUUGGAUGAUAGUGUUGAGAAUUUGGAUAGAAAUUCUUUGGCAUCAUUUGGUUCUACCAAUACUACAGACUCAGAUAAGUCGCUUCAGCAAUUCGCAUUUGAGAUUUAUAUUAUUUAUAUUUUUAUAGAAAAUGUUGCGAACGAUGGAAGUGGUCCUGCGAACACAAAUUCUCCAGGAAACAAAAGGCGUGGCUUUAGCGGGAGAAAGUGGUUACCUCCACCAUUGCGUAAACUUAGCCAAGGUAAAGUCGAGAAAUCACCACCGACGACGACAUCGACAUCGACAUCGAUAACGACAUCGAUUGUACCGCCAUCAGGUGAUCGUUUGAAAAAGAAUGUCUCGGAAAAACGAUUCAAAUUACCGACUGGUGCGGAACAAUCUCGACCGUCCAGAACCGCUUCUAUUUCUAUCUCUGCGUUAACAACGGCGACUGCCUCUAUGCGUGUAUCUGCUUCUGAAGCGGACCUUGACACUGAACUUCAACCAGGAAUCGAAGGAGAAGAGUACGAAGGAGAAACCGAACAAUCGGAACCAGAAUUGGAAGAAGAUGUACCGGAACCUGAUAACACAGAAGCUUUAACGUAUUCGGAACAAAAUGGAGCGGACGAUGUCGAAGACGAAUUAGAACUUCCUCCGCCGAUGAAACCUAUCACUGAACCGAUACUUGUAGGAACUGCGAAUGGAGCAUCGGGAUCUGCAAUUACAACAGAAGGCUGUGGAAAAUCUCGAACGUCUGAGCGUUCAACGAAGAUUCUUGACGGUGCCACGACGGUUGAUUUAGCUGAAAUUGAACAGAUCGUAAAAGAAAGAAUGGAACAACAUACGGAAAAUCAAGAAAGACAAAGUCUGAUGCGAACGCCUAGUGGUAAAAAUUCAAGCAUUGGUGGCAGUGGGGAUAACGAUUAUGAUAAAGAUGCAGUAUCAAGUACAACUAUCGCUACUACGACGAUUGCUGCUUCAACGACGAUGAUGACAACAGUAGCGACAGCAACUGUAGCGACGGGGAUAACCACGACAACAACUAAGAUGGCAGCAACAACGAGUAGUCCUGCUCACGGGAAUUCGGAGCAGGAAUGCGACCUGGAAAGUGCAGUGCUAGUAAAACGACAAUUCGUUAUCCGAGAAUUAGUCGAGACAGAAAAAGAUUAUGUAAAUGAUUUAAAGCAAAUAGUUGAAGGAUAUAUGGCAUUGAUGCGAGAUUCCGAAUCUCAAGUGCCAUUGCCAGAUGAUUUGCGUGGUGGAAAGGAUAAAAUGGUUUUUGGUAACAUAGAGGCAAUCUACGAAUGGCAUAGAGAUUUCUUUCUGAAAGCUUUGGAACGUUGCUUGGAACGGCCGGAAGAGCUUGGGCCGUUGUUUAAGCGAUACGAAAGGAAGUUACAUAUGUAUGUUGUUUAUUGUCAAAAUAAACCAGUCUCCGAGUAUAUUGUUUCUGAGUAUAUAGACAGCUAUUUCGAGGACUUGAGGCAAAAGCUCGGACAUCGGUUACAAUUAUGCGAUCUUUUAAUCAAACCGGUUCAAAGGAUCACAAAGUAUCAACUUCUUCUUCGAGAGGCAUUAAGACUUACCGAACGAACUCAAAGAAUUUCGGAAAUCGAAGGACUUAGAGCAGCGGUUCAUGUAAUGCGUAUUAUUCCAAAAGCGGCCAAUGACAUGAUGGAUGUUGCAAGACUUCAAGGUUUCGAUGGAAAAAUUACAGCGCAAGGAAAAUUAUUAUUACACGGACCACUUUUAGUCUCAGAAUUUUCUUCGAAUUUACCUAGUAAGGAAAAAGAAUGGCAAGUCUUCCUGUUCGAACAAAAUAUUAUUUUUAGUGAGGCUGUCGGAAAAAAGACACAAUUUACCAAUCCUGUCUAUAUUUACAAGGCUCAUAUUCAGGUGAAUAAAAUGAGUUUGGAAGAAUGUUAUGAUGAUUCGGAGAAGUUUAUAAUUCGAUCAACAGAUCCUCGAAAACCUGGCCUCGGAUUCUCUUGUAGCGCAGUAGAAGAAAAUGGGCCACGGAAGCAGGAGUGGGUAGAUACGAUCACUGCCAUCCUGCAGACCCAACGUGACUUCCUUAAAGCGAUACAGUCACCAAUUGCCUACCAAAAGGAACUUACCAAAGAUCCAUUUCGUGGCGUGAGUCCGGAUUCUCCAUGUCGAGGAAGUGUACUUUCAUCAACAAUACCGAACAUGUCUAAAACGAACGAAGAACGGAGAAAUGAAAUCGCUGCUACUACCUCUUCAAAAGCAUUAGCUACAGCUGCAGCAGCGACAGCUACGACAACAUCGAUUUUACAGCGACCUCGUACUGGAGGCUUGGAUCAGGAUUCUUCACAAUCGCCAAGUCCUAGCAAAAGCAGACUGAACUUUCUUGAAGGAUUCAGAAGCACUCUACGUCCACGAUCACCUGUUCGCAACAACUCUAUCCCGAUCGUUCCAGGAAGCAGAGUAAGAUUAACCGCAGAUUGGGGCAAAUUACACGCUGGAGAAGAAUUGGAGAUCUUCCGUGUGGAUGGUCCAGGGCUAAUCGUCUCUCCGGUAGUCGGAAAAAAGGAGGAAUUCUGGAUUCCGGCGAGUCUCGUUCCAAAUUCAUCGAUCAGCCGCGCAUGGUCUUUCCGUCCGCGAAGAAUCGAUUCCGAGGGAGAGAACGUCCGUCUUCCGCAAGAUAUGUGCGCGGAAGAGAACGGUCCUCCCGCGAUUUUGACUAUUCCGUGUUCGAUCAGGGCGACGGCAGGUGGCGUGGCUCGGCUCGUACUGGAAGCUCGCCGCGUGGAACGUGCAGUCGUACGUUGGAGAAAGGAGGGGCAACGAUGUGACAUCGAGGAAAGCGAUCGAUAUCGACUUUACCGAACGAACGAUUCCCUUUGUCUCGAAAUUGCUCCUUGCCUUCCUUCUGAUUCCGGGAUUUACCACUGUCGCGUCGAACAUGAAACGGGUUCUUGUUCAGCAAAAAUUCCCCUUAGUAUCGUAGGUAUUGAUACGACAAACGCUUGGUGCGAUACAAUCGAAUCAAGUAAUCGAUCAAACGGAUUAACGAUAAAGGAAACCUCGUCGAUUGUAACAUUGUCAGAUUCGAGAAAAAAAAUAACGAAAAAUAUAGAAAUUGAACAAUUUAAUAACAAAUAUAUCGAGCUGGAAGAAUUAGGAGCUGGUAGAUUUGCUAGAGUAUGCUGUGCAAAGGAAAAAGGAUUCGACCGAGAAGUAGCACUCAAACAAAUAUCUCGAUUGAAGCAACCGCUAUCGUUAACUCGUGCCGAGUAUGAUCUUCUCAGGAAUAUACGCCAUGAUAAUAUUGUUCGAGCAUUUGCACUUUUCGAGGAUACACCUCAACCGGAUAUCGAUACUAUCGUUUUAGAGUUGGUCAAGGGUUCCACAUUAUUUGUAUAUCUUGGCGAACAAAUUGAAUAUACCGAAGCGAUUGUUGCAAAAUACACCGGUCAACUAUUGUCAGCAUUACACUGGUUGCACUCACGUAAACGAGCUCAUUUAGAUUUAAAACCAGAAAACGUUCUAAUUGAUGAGAAAACUGGUGUUGUAAAACUAAUAGAUCUUGGUGAAGCUGUCAGAGCGGUACCACUGGAUGAAGUUGUUCCUCCAGUUGAUUUGGAAUUUGCAGCUCCGGAAUCGGUUCUCGGUAAACCAACAGGAUCUUAUACGGACAUGUGGGCUGCUGGUGUUUUUCUUUAUGUAUUAUUAAGCGGACUUUCCCCCUUUUUGGAUGAUUCCAUUGAAGAAACUACCGCGAACAUAUUAAAAUGCGACUUUUGUUUCCCUGAUGAAUAUUUUAAAGAUAUAUCGUCUGAUGUAAAAAAUCUUCUUGAAACAUUAUUGUGUUUACGAGGAGAAGAUAGAGCAACCGCUCAAUUAACUCUAUCAUCACCUUGGUUUAAGAUAUCAAUUGGUGCAACGAUUCCUUCUUCUCGAAUGGUUGCAUUCAUUGACCGCCGUGCUCACCGUUCAAAACAUCACCAGGAUCGAAAUAGCAGUUUUUAUUCUUAAAUUACUAUAGCUCAAAAAAGACAUAUUUAUUGAUGAAUAAUUUUAAAACUACCGGCUAAACUCGGCCGAUUGUAAAUAAUAAACAACAAUUAUGAUUCACCGUUGCAUUCGCGCGCGUACUGAUAUUCUUACUGUCGCGCUCAUACACGCUCUAUGUUAUUUACAUAUAUACGUAUAUAUUAAACAGAACUUACACAUAUACACACACGCGCGUGCAAAUUUUUAAAUGAAAUGAAAUGAAAGAAACACGUUUACGUUACAUUACAUUACAAAUGUGUUGUAUGUUGUGACAUUUCAUAUAGAAAUCUAUUUCUAUCGAUGCAUUUAUUCUUUAUACAAUUCAUAUCAUUAUCGUGAAUGUGACGCACUGUCUCAUAACAGAUUUUUACCUUCAGAUUUUUGUACUUUUUUUUACGUAAUUUAGUCAAUAUUACAGAUAAAUUAAAAAAAAA